AUGCCUUAUUCAUCGCCUUUCCCCGCAUUAACCAUCCCGAAAUGCAAUGUGCUGCACUAUCUAUUUCCUCAAGAACAAACUCCCUCUGACACGCCACUAUGGAUUGAUUCAAAAAAUACAGAGCGCCACCUUACGCCACGGUCCAUGCUACAAUGGACCAAAAGAUUGGCAGUGGGCUUAGAUCGUAUUGGUAGCAAACCAGGAGAAGUUGUCAUGAUCUUCACGCCCAAUCACAUCUUCGUCCCAGUUGCAUAUCUUGGAAUAGUUGGAUCAAAGCGUAUAUUCAGCGGUGGCAAUCCAGCCUAUACCCUCUCAGAGAUGGUACACCAGGUUACCAACACCCAAGCCCAAAUUCUUCUCGCGCAUCCCAGCUUGAUAAAAGUGGCAGUGGUUGCCGCAAAAAAAGCUGGUCUGCCAGAAGGUCGUGUCUUUCUGUUUUCCGACAAGCCUUGUGCACCAAUUGAAGGGUGUAGAGACUGGAGAGAGUUCCUUCCAUCACAGGCCGAGGUGAAAGGCUACGAAUUUCCUGCUUUGUCAGAACACGAAGCAACGACUACUACCGCAACAGUAAACUUUUCAUCUGGAACUACCGGGCUGUCCAAAGGUGUCGAAGUGAGCCAUUUCAAUUUGAUCGCUAAUGGUGAGCAAACUAUUUUCAUGCGAUCUGCCAACAAACCCUGGACCGCUGACAAACGACCCGCUGAGAGAUGGAUCUCCUUCUUACCAUUAUAUCAUGCCUAUGGUCAGAUGUACACUAUUAUCAUGGGACAGAAACUUCAGGUCCCGUCUUACAUCAUGCAGAAAUUCGAAUAUCCCGAGUUUCUAAGAAUCAUCCAAGAUCACAAGAUAACGCACCUCCAACUGGCGCCUCCUAUCUUGAUUAUGCUGAGUAAGAGACCGGAAACUAAGAACUAUGAUCUGAGUAGUAUCACGGAUAUCUUGUCUGGCGGAGCGCCGUUGUCGAAGGAGCUCCAGAAUGAGAUAACUAACAAGCUGGGCUGUGAGAUCAUACAGGGCUGGGGCAUGACUGAACUCACUUGUGCAGGAACGCAAGUAACUGGUGGCACAAUAGAUGAUUCUGGAAGUGUGGGCAACUUAGAUCCGAACUGCGAGGCCAAGCUCCUCGACGAUGACGGCAAUGAAGUUCCCGAAGGCCAGCCCGGUGAUCUCUAUAUCCGAGGACCACAAGUCUUUCUGAGAUACUGGCGCAACCCCGAAGCUACGAGAGAAGCAUUGUCUCCAGAUGGCUGGCUGAAAACUGGUGAUGUUGCCGUCGCGAAGAAAGGAUGGUUUUGGAUUGUGGAUCGCAAGAAGGAACUAAUCAAAGUGAAUGCAUUGCAAGUUGCGCCUGCAGAACUCGAGGCAGUGCUACUCCAGUAUAACCCCAUUGCUGAUGCAGCUGCUGUGGGGAUCACGAUCGAUGGUCAAGAGUGGCCCCGCGCUUAUGUUACACUAAAGGAGGAGUAUAAGGGCAAAACGACUAUUGAAGACAUUCACAAGCAUAUGAAGGAAAAGGUGGCAAAGCACAAACAGCUUGUUGGUGGUAUCGUAUUUGUAGAUGAGAUACCGAAACUACCAUCAGGAAAGAUUGUUAGAAAGCUUUUGAAGGAGUGGGCAAGGAGGGAUGCGGAGAAGAUGAGCAAGGCCAAGUUGUAA